ACAUUCCCAUGGCUUAUUAUUGAUGAUCAGUAAUCACAGAGCCAGAGGAGGGGACCUCACCUGGCAAGCAGAAAACAUCAAGGACUUUGCAGUCAUCUCCAAUGUGACAAGCCAACAAAACAAUUGGAUGAUAGUUAUUAUUAUAACGUCACAUCUAUCCACUCCCAUUCUACUACUCCAAGUGAAGCAAUAGACUCUGGGAUCAUCGUGUCCAAAGAUACUCCACAGCUUCCAGCAUCUGCUCAGAGCUACCGAAAUACACAUCCGUGACCUAGGCAAUGGCAUCUUCACAUAGCUGCUCAGAUGUGAAAAUUUGCCAGGCUGAAUCCCAUACAGAGCCAGAAGCAAAAUGCCCUCUGCUGUCAGAUCCCAGCCCUGUUGCUAUGAUUUCCAACCAUUCAGGUCCAAGAAUUAAGUCUUCCCCAAGUAAACAUUUUAUUCGCGACACAAACCAGCAGAUUCUAGUCCUGGAAGGCAGCACCCUCGUGGCGGUUCCAGACAAGCGCUGCAAACGUGGAGAGACCUUUUAUGUGUCAACUUUACCCGUAAGAAGUCCUGUAAGAAGUACCAGGAGCUCAAAGGCAAAUGGGAUUGCUUUGGCUGUAUCUAAGGGAGAACGCUAUCUCUGCUGUGACAGAGUCAAAAAACCCAAGUGUCCCUCAUUAAAAUUAAAGAAAAUUAAAGACCUGAAGUCCCUAAAACCUGAGAAGCUCCUGCCCUUGACCUUUCUGAAGGAAAAGGCUGGCUCCUACUUCACACUGGAGUCAGCUGCCAAUCCAGGGUACUUUAUCUACACCAGCAGCAAACCCAGGCAGCCCGUAGGAGUGACGAAGGAGCUGGGGAAACAGAAAAAUACCCAAUUUGAAUUUGUAAAUGCGAAUGUGGAUCUAAGUGAAAUCGAAGACUAAAAACACAAUAGGCCAGUGGCCAGACCAACUAUGGCAGCAGAAUUUGGUCUCAGCCUGACACCAAUCAACAAGUAGGAAUAACUUCUCUUUAUAAAUGCUACCUUCAAUGAG